AUGAAGGACACUGAUCACGUUUUAACGUUAGCAACUAUUAACCCAAAUUUGGUGCAAAUGCAAUAUGCUGUUAGAGGACCUAUUGUAAUCCGUUCCCAAGAAUUAGAAAAGGAGCUAAAGUCCGGAAUGAAGAAAAAGUUCGAGCAAGUCAUCAAGUGUAAUAUAGGCGACUGUCAUGCUACUGGUCAAAGACCUAUUACGUUCCUCAGACAAGUCAUUGCCAUCUGCGCAUAUCCCCCCUUACUUGAUGAUCCCCAGUUCCCUGAUGAUGCCAAGGAUCGUGCUCGAAAAAUUCUUUCUGGUUGUGCUGGGAAGAGUGUCGGUUCCUAUAGUAUUUCAAUCGGCAUUGAGCAGAUUCGCGAAGACAUUUCCUGUUAUAUUAAACAACGGGACGGAAUCCCUUCGUGUCCAACAAAUAUCUUCCUGUCAAAUGGUGCAAGUGAGGCUGUUAAGGCUGUUCUGCUUCUGUUGUCGUCUUGUCAACCUGGCUCUAAUCGAGUUGGCGUUAUGGUUCCGAUUCCACAGUAUCCACUCUAUUCAGCUACCAACUCAGAAUACGACGCCUAUCAGAUUAAUUACUACCUAGACGAAUCUAAAAACUGGAGUUUGGAGGUCUCUGAACUUGAACGCGCCAUAAAGGAGGCGAAAGAGAACUGCAAACCACGAGCUCUUGUGGUAAUUAAUCCCGGUAACCCCACUGGCCAGGUAUUAUCACGCCAAAGCAUGGAGGAAGUAAUCCGCUUUGUCAAACGACACGGACUCGUUCUCCUAGCUGACGAGGUCUACCAGUUCAAUGUAUACGAUCCCUCUUCCAAUCCAUGGAUUUCCUUUAAGAAGGUCCUCCACGACAUGGGUCCUGAAUACGCCGAUAGUGUCGAGCUGGCGUCUUUCAUGUCUGCGAGCAAGGGCUACAUGGGCGAAUGUGGGUUCCGUGGAGGCUACUGCGAACUCAUCAACUUUAACCCCGAUGUCCAGGCCCAACUGUUCAAAUACCUUUCAGCACGUCUGUGCCCUGCUGUCUUGGGACAAGUCAUGAUCGGAGUCAUCUGCAAUCCCCCAAAGAAAGGAGAACCUUCGUAUGAGCUUUUCGUGAAGGAGCGCGACGCAGUCCUCGCGGAUCUCAAGGAAAAAGCCAAACUGACCACAGAGACGCUGAACGCCCUCGAGGGAGUCACUUGCAAUGCUGUCCAGGGAGCCAUGUACGCCUUUCCACAUAUUAGGCUUCCUCCCAAGGCUAUUGCUGCUGCCAAGGAGAUGGGAGUGGAACCGGACUUCUUCUACUGCCUUGCACUACUCGAAGAGAAGGGAAUCUGCUUCGUACCGGGUUCUGGCUUUGGACAACAACCGGGCACCUACCACUUCCGAACCACAAUCCUUCCUUCUGUUCCGGUGAUGCGUCGCGUCAUGGCAGACCUCGCAGAUUUCCACAAGGCCUUCUUGGCAAAGUACUCGUGA